AGAAACCACGCAGAACAAAUAGCGUUGAACAACCUGUUAUUGGGAGAAAUAUCAGAAAUCCAGCGAGAGGCAUUGCUAAUCCGAGAAAUUCCUGGAAGGCUGCUUGAAUCAAUGUCAAAAUGCAAUGACAUAUACAAAGAUGCUUUGUCGGUUUUACAGGAUUUUGCAGCUGAUGAUAAAUUUUCAACUGCAAAAGUGCUCUCUUGCGCAAGUGAGAUUGGUACAUGUCUUUUUUCAACAUUGGAAAGCCAUUUCUCAAUGGCUAUGGAUGACCAUAGGACUUCCACUGAGAACAGAUCUUCAGUGCGAGAACAAUGCAACAUUAUUUGUGAAAGGUUGAACGGCACAGUUACAUCCUUGGUGUUAUCUGAUGCACAAAUUCUCAAGGAUGAUGGCUGCAGAUAUAAGGGCUGCACUUUGGGAGGAGAAAUUGCCUGUUGGAAGGAGAAACUGGAUAAUGAAGUCAAUGAAAUCAAGGAAAAAUACCUGAGCUUGGAGAAAGAAAUGAAUAUUAAUAAUCAGCUUCUCGAGGUUUCUAAGCAUAGAUAUCAUAGCUUAGAAAGAGAGUUCCAUAAUUUGAAAGAAGAAAGAGAUGCUCUGCUCCAGAAGGUCUCCAGUUCAUCUCAAAGACUUGCACAGGUUACUGAGCAAAAGGAAAAGGUUUUGCAUGAUUUCAACACUGAAGUACAGAGGAGGAAAGAUCUCGAACAAGAGAUCAAACAGUUUAGUGUUGCUUUUGCAUGUCGGCAGAGAUCACUCAUCUCCUUCCACACUGAUUUUAAAACUAAAGUUGAGAACAUGAAGGCACAGAGUGCAGUUUCCAUACGAAAAUGAAGGGGCUACUGAAUAUGGAGAAGUGGUUGCUGCUAUGCAAUGAAGUUCCCCAAUUUAACUGAUCACAAUCUCAUUGAUGCAUAUUUGAACAAAUUACAUGUCCGAACCAAACAUUAUAGCUUGAUUUCUUCUUAUUUAUGUACUUCUUCAGUAAUGUGAUACAUUUAUAGGUUCUUUAUAUGAUACAUGGACUUGCCC